ACCGCGGAAGCGGAAGUCCCGCCCCUUUCGCCUCCUCGCGCACAGGCUGUGUUUCACAGGAGAGACAAUGCCACGCAAAAUUGAAGAAAUUAAAGAUUUCCUGCUGACGGCCAGGAGGAAAGAUGCGAAAUCUGUUAAGAUCAAGAAGAACAAGGACAAUGUGAAGUUUAAGGUGCGCUGCAGCAGAUAUCUGUACACACUCGUCAUCACAGACAAGGAGAAGGCUGAGAAGCUCAAACAGUCUCUGCCACCAGGUCUGGCUGUGAAGGAGCUGAAGUAGAAGCUUUACUUGUACAAAAAUGUUGUAAUAAAAAUUCGUAAAUUCGA